CUCCCACACUCCUCCCUGCCUCCCCUCCCUCUCCUUCUCCAGUCCUCUCUAGCCUCUCGUCUGUACCAAAACACCAUGCCUGCCGGAAGAGAAGCACCCGCCGAGCCGUCCUUCCCGUGGCGGAGCGACAUGCUCGCGGGCAAGACGGCCAUUGUCACGGGAGGAAGCGCGGGCAUCGGCGCGGCGAUCACAAUUGCGUUGCUCCAGGCUGGGGCUUCCGUGGCGGUGCUUGCGAGGAGCCGCUCCAAGUACGACAAGCUCGUCCCCGUCCUGGAGGAGAGGAAGCUGCCGGUCGACAAGACCACCUUCAUCUCCAUCGACCUGUCGAGCACGGAUGCCAUCCGGAAGGCGACCGUGGAGGCCAACGAGUGGGCCGGCGGCUGUGCGGAUAUCCUGGUCAACAACGCUGGCGUGGCCACCAUCGCGCCAAUCCUUGAGGCAUCUGUGGAAGACUGGGACUGGACUAUGAACGUGAACGUCAGGGCACCCUUCAUCAUGGCCCAGGAGUGCGCCAAGAGGAUGAUCGCGCGCGGCAAGGGAGGAAAGAUCGUCAGCGUCUCGAGCACGGCGUCCCUCUUCGCGCUGCACGACCACGCGGCGUACUGCACCAGCAAGGCCGCCAUCAACGGCCUCACUCAGGUGAUGAGCGCGGAGUGGUCCAAGCACGACAUCAACUGCAACACCGUCGGCCCCACCAUCGUCUUGACCGACAUGGGCGCCAAGGCGUGGGGCGACCCGACGAAGGGCGACCCCAUGAUCGACCGCACCCCUCUCGGCCGCUUCGCUGAGCCCUGGGAGAUGGCACACGGCGUGGUGUACCUUGUCAGCCCGUCCUCCAGCCAGAUGUGCGGACAGAUGCUCCUCCUCGACGGUGGCAUCACCACCACCGGUACUCCCUGCGGAACGUAAUCGCCCAAUCCGACGCUGUCGAUAUCAGAGGAAGGGGUUGUGCCUCUUAGAUGUGUCUUACUAACGUUUGGUGGGUGGUCCGUAGAUGCUUUGUUUGUCUCACAGCGGUGCUGAAUAGAAUUGCGCUCGCUGUUGAAGUGUGUACAUCGUGUGGCCUGAAGUGCGUUGGGUGUUUCCCUUGCGUGAGAGACAUGGGGAACUUGACGUAUCGUGUGUUUGGCGUGCGCUCUAGGCGUCGCUUUGUGUAUGUUCGCAAACGCACAGGCGUGGUCAGAGACCAUGCGUGUGAAUGCUUGCAGAUUGCUCAUUUGCCGGCUGGUGUGUACGUUCCCAUCAGGGGCAGAUGGUAGAAGGACAGGAGCGAGCGGAACAAUAUCCUCCGAAAGGUAUUUGAACGACUCAGGUUGCAACACGAUCCACUGCUCUAGGUCGUGUGGUGAUGAAACUUGAGCUCACCCCCGUAUCCAGGGCCACACGAUAUCUAUCUUCCUUUUUCGUUUCGGCGUUGUUGUUCCUGACGUGACGGCGGUUUUCCGGCGUGACACCAAGGACGACUUUUUUUCCCUUUGCAUUGGAUCAGGACAGCAUGUAUUUCGACGGAGUGCGACGUUGAGACCGUUCUCUCUUUUGCUGUCGCGUAUCUCUCGAUGGUCGAGAUGAACAACCAAAUGCCAGUGAUUGUGAAGUG